UAGCUUUCCUAGUAGAGUUAUUACCGGAAGGUAAUGUGGUGCCUUCAUCUUUUUAUGAGGCGAAGAAGACACUUUCUUCGUUAGGCAUGCAAUAUGAAAAAAUACAUGCAUGUCCUAACGAUUGCAUCCUAUACCGUAAGAUGUUUGUGGAUGCAAUAUGGUGUCCCACUUGUGGUGAGUCUAGGUGGCAAAAAAAAAAAGAAUUCUGACGAGGUAAAGGUUGGUGUCCCUGCAAAAGUAUUAUGGUACUUACCCCCAAUACCUCGUUUGGUUCGGUUUUUUCAAAAUGCCAAUCAUGCAAAAAAUUUAAUUUGGCAUGCCAGCGAUAGAAAGGUAGAUGGUAAGAUGAGACAUCCAGCUGACUCACCCGCUUGGAAAUCAAUCGAUGCUAGGUGGCCUGAAUUUGGCAAUGAACCUAGGAAUAUCCGUCUUGGUCUUUCUGCCGACGGAAUCAAUCCACAUACCAGCCUUAGCAGUAAGUAUAGUUGCUGGCCAGUUUUGCUUGUGAUGUAUAACUUGCCGCCUUGGUUGGUAAUGAAGAGGAAGUUCACUAUGCUUACACUGUUGAUAUCAAGCCCUUCACAGCCUGGUAAUGACAUUGAUGUGUACUUAGCCCCUCUAGUUGAUGACUUGAGUCGAUUGUGGCAUGAGGGUGUUUCUGCUUACGAUGCCUUUAGGAAAGAAGAGUUCAAUCUUAAAGCCAUAUUACUGUGGACCAUUAAUGAUUUUCCAGCUUUCGGAAAUCUUUCUGGAUACAGUGUGAAAGGGUACAAAGCAUGUCCUAUUUGUGAGGAGAGAACAUGUUCUAUGUAUUUAAAACACUCGAAGAAGAUGUGUUACAUGGGACACCGAAGGUUUUUGCCAAAAGAACAUGUGUUUCGCACUUGGAAGAAAGCAUUUGACGGUAAGCAAGAAUUUGGAUUGCCACCGCCACCUUUGCUAGGGGAACAAGUGUUAGAAAAGUUGAAUAAAGUUCAAUUCCACCUUGGAAAGCGAAAAGCAAAUCCAAAGAAAAGAAAAGGUCGUCGUGAGAAAAGUGACGUUGUUGCAAAUGAACCUCAAGGGCCAUGGAAGAAGAAGUCAAUAUUUUUUGAGCUCGAGUAUUGGAAGCAUUUGUUGAUACGUCAUAAUCUAGAUGUGAUGCACAUCGAGAAAAAUGUGUCAGACAGCUUGCUUAAUACCUUGUUCAAUAUUCCUGGGCGUAGCAAAGAUGGAAUCAAAUCCCGCUUAGAUUUGAAAGAGUUAGGGAUUCGUUCCAAUUUACACCCACAAGUUGUUGGUCGACGAACGUUCUUACCACCAGCUUGUCAUGCUCUAACUAAAGCAGAAAAACAAUCUUUGUGCGGUUCUAUCUCCCAGGUGAAAGUACCUGAAGGGUACUCCUCAAAUGUCUCUGAUUGGGUAGAUAUGAAAAAAUUAAUUUUGAGUGGUCUGAAAUCUCACGAUCAUCAUAUAUUGAUUCAACAUAUUCUACCAGUGAGUAUCCGUUCUGUGUUGCCAAAGAAAGUUAGAUAUGCAAUUACGAGAUUGUGUUUGUUCUUCAAAUCUCUUUUCUGUAAAGUGGUUGAUGUGCCUAAGUUACAGAAUCUCAAGAUAGAAAUUAUAGAAGUUUUGUGUUACUUGGAACAAUUUUUCCCGCCUUCCUUUUUCGACAUAAUGGUCCACCUAACAGUGCAUUUGGUGAGAGAAGUAAAGUUAUGUGGACCUGUGUACUUGAGAUGGAUGUACCCAUUCGAACGAUACAUGAAAAUCUUGAAGGGUUAUGUCAGAAAUAGAAGUAGGCCUGAGGGUUGUAUUGUUGAAUCAUACAUCGUUGAAGAGACGAUUGAAUUCUGCUCAGACUACUUGUCAGAGGUUACCACUGUUGGCUCUCGCUCUACUCGGGUCGAUAGGGAAAUAAGCAGAGGGGGUAGGGGUUUUUCUGUUUGUGGUGUGAGUCGAGCUGAUUGUGAAGAAGCGCACCGGCUUGUGUUGCAAAAUACUGAUGUUGUCCAACCGUACAUUGAGGAACAUUUUAAUUGGAUCAAGACUACUAAUCCGACUAAGGCACGAAAUCAAAAAUGGGUACAAGAUGAACAUUAUCGAAAUUUCAGUACAUGGUUAAAAAACAAGGUAUAUGCAGAAAUGUGUGAAUCUCCGUGUAGUGUGUCCAACACACUACUUUGCAUAUCACGAGGUCCUUCGUGUGAUGUACUAAAGUUCCCAUCGUACUAUAUAAAUAGUACUCAAUUUUGCACCCAAGCCCGUGAUAAAUCUAGAAAAACUCAAAAUAGCGGUGUCAUGAUUGUUGCUAAGGCUUUCCAAAUAUCUAGUUCAAAAGACAAAAACCCUAUUGAAUGUGACAUGUCUUUUUACGGUGUAAUUCAAGAAAUUUGGGAAUUAGAUUACAGUAGUUUUCGAAUCCCUGUUUUUCUUUGUGAUUGGGUUAGGAGUGAUAAUGGGGUCAAAGACGAUGAAUUUGGAUUCAAGUUGGUGGACUUGAACCGAAUCGGACACAAGUCCGAUAGGUUUAUAAUGGCGUCCCAAGCAAGUCAAGUGUUUUACAUGAGUGAUCCAUUAGAUGCACGCUGGUCAGUUGUCUUGACGACACAACCAAAAGAUUAUGAUAAUCAAGAGUGUAAUGGCGAUGAUCUCAUGCUUAGUGACCAAAUUCAUCAAAUCACCCCACCACCUGUUGAUGUCACCGUUGGGGACGAUAUCAUAUCAUCUCGUGAUGAUGGUGAAGGAUUAUGGUUGAACGAAUCUAUCAACACAUGAUUCAUAUAUCAAACACGUAUUGGCUUUUAUAUCAUGGAACGAGGUGGGGACGAUGAGUGGAGUGCAUGGUUGGAUUAUGAUGGUAAUGAUGGUCCAUCCUUGCCAGAAGGAUCUAGUGUUGAUCUUGAACAGCCAUCCGUGGAAGAAGGUAGUGGUGAUCCUGAAGAACAAACACAAAAAAAUACUCGCGGGAGAAGCAAACGAAAUGAUAUAACAAAAAUGGUUAGCGAGGGAAAAAAGAUGGAGAUUGAGUACAAUCACUACGGACAACACUGGGGAACGGGAGGGACGGCAAAAGUUACCCGAAUUGGAGCAUGGGUGCGAACUAAUAUUCCACUUAGAGACAUUACGUGGCCUAAAGUGAGC